GAACCAUUUGUAACUUAAGCUCGCUUUACGAAUUUGAAUGCACGUGUUGGUUGGAUACUCAUGGAAGAGGAUCCAUGUGUGAUGUUUGGUUCAACGGUUUCUGAUAUAAGUGAUCUGAAGAAAGAUAUCGUUCGUCUUGGUCGUGUUCUAAGAGCUUGUGAUUUUCAAAACGUAGGUGAUUUGAAGGAUAUUGAUGAAAUUAGUUCAUCCCCAUGUAAAAUGUAUUGUUACGAGGAAAAGAAUGAAAUAACUUCAUGUGGGACUAUUUUUUAUGAUCUCAAAAAUAUCAAAAGCCUUUUAUCCGAUACCUCCAGUGCUUUUUCAUCAUACAGUGAACAGUUAAGGACCGCAUUUUCAGUUGUUAGCGAACUUUCAGAACUUUCCAAAGUAACAUUGUCCGAAAACUCGUGCUUGGGCUCCGUCGAAACAGAGCAAGAUUUCUAUCAUCUGCUAAGUACAUUGGCUAGAGGUUUACAAAGUGGAUUGUUUGCUUGUAUACGGGAAUUGAGUACAUCUUCUCUAAACAAAAGCCUAAGUGAAUUUAUAGACCAAUAUAAUGAGCUGAACGUGAAGUAUAAUGAACUAUUAGUCAUGUCUCAAAUACCUGUAAAACAGUCAAGUUCUACUGUUCUCCUCGACCAAACUGCUGUCUUUGAAAUGCUUGAAAAAGAAAUGAGCAAUUCCGCCAAAGAACUUGAAAAUGUCCGUUCCAGUUUUGAAUCUCGUUUAAACUCCAUCACUGCUGAUUGGGAAUGUGAACGGUCAAAGUUGAUGACAGAGUUGCACAAAAAAGAAGUGGCAAUCGAAGAACUGCAGCAAUUAAUAGAAGCUAAAGAAAUUGCUUAUUCAAAAGUCAAAGGUGAUGUAGAUGAGUUAGUACAACAAUUCUGCUCAAAAGAAAAUAUUGCAGUCGGUCCAAAUAUGUCUUUAAAUCAGUUACGGUCAUUUCUAAAUAAACUUGAAAAUAAAUGUCCAUGGAUUUGGGACUUAUUCUAUGGAAAUUGCAAUGAAAUAACGUGUUCUGCAUUGCCAAAUCCUAUUGAACAGAAAAAGUCACUAAACAAAAUUAUUUUAGAAAGAAACGAGCUUGAAGAUCAGUGGCAUCAAACAAAACAAGAGCUACUCUCUCUUAGAAACUCACAUGUUGAAUUGACUAAUCAGUUAAAAGCUAAAAAUGAUGAGCUGAAUGAGAUGUUUGAAAAAUCGUCAAAACUACAACAACGUGUAUCACACUAUCGUGAACUAGUGAAUAAACUAUGUGACCCGAGAAUGGCUAUUGCUUUUGCAGAUAAUGUUCGUCAAAAUUUGUCUUCCAAUAAACCUGAUGUUCAUUGUAGUAAUUCAUCCACUAUCCAAUCAACUCCUUUGAUCAAUUCAUCAAGCUCAAUGAAUUGUAAUAAUGUUACUCCUUGCGUACAAUCGGAUCAAGAAAACUCAUUAACUACAGUUAGUACUCUUGUAACAAACAAAUCAUCUUCUCCGUCUUCUCGUAAAUCUUCCGAGACCUCAUCUACAUCAAUCUUCUCUCGCGUCGGUGCUGCAGUUACAGCAAUUGCUAAUGUUAUCACUUCACCUAAACGUCCUCAACAGUCUCCUGAAUAUUCAUCUGAUAAUAAACGCAGUCGUCCUGCUGUAUCUGUUACAGAACCUACAGGUUUAGCAAAAUCUGAAGAAAAGCCUGUUCUCUAUGAUUUUAGCUUUUUGCAACAUGGACCUUUAGCGGAAAGCACAUCUCAAUUACCACAGGAUGUACUCCGUUCUGUUCACGCUAAUAUUGGUAAAGAUCAUCAGGAUGCUAAUCGUCGACCAUCUGAAUUCAUUGAUCGUCCUACUAUUUCUCAACCGCAAAAUAAGAAAGAUGAAAUUUUUCUUACUCCUGCAGCGCCUAAACCUCUCAAUCCAUCUUGGCAAAUUCCUAAGCAAGAACCUUUAAAACAGAAACCAUCUCUAGAAGUACAUAACAAUAUGAACUCAAAUGAACUGAAUAAAAUCUCAUCAUGCAGUGAUCAGAAAAAACGAGAUAACAUUUUCACUAACGCCAACUCUAACAGUCAGAAGAUUCAGAGAAAUUCAUCAACAACACCAGCUCCUACAUCACUUAAUAGAAAAACUUCAAACACUAUUACACCACCUCAAGAGUGUAAUCCAUCCUAAAAUGAUUUAUUUUGAAGAUUUCGUUUCUUUUUCAUUGUUGUAAAUAAGUUCCUUAUCGUAAUUCUACUUAUGUAUUGUGUAUUUCUUCGUUUUAAAAAAUUUUGCCUAACGACUUACUGUCUUCAGAGCCAACAUAUAAUUUUCACUCAAUUUUCCCAUAUCACAUACUUAAUGUUUAACCUUAUCAAUAAUAUUAUCAUUAUUUAACACUACAAUAACUAAUAAUCUCAUAAUUCAUGGUUAUUCAUUUAGGUUUAUGAAAAAGUACAUGUAAAAGGAACAACUAGCUUAAUUAAUACUAACUUUCUUGAUCCGAUUGUACACAAGGAGUAACAUUAUUACAAUUCAUUGAGCUUGAUGAAUUGAUUGAAUAGUAGAUGAAUUACUACAAUGAAUAUCAGGUUUAUUGGAAGACAAAUUUUGACGAACAUUAUCUGCAAAAGCAAUAGCCAUUUUCGGAUCACAUAGUUUAUUCACUAGUUCACGAUUGUAUGGAUUUAAUUUUUCUAAACCACACAUUGACAGUUAUUUUGGUAGUUUUGUUUUUCUGAGUUAGAUAGUUUGGUCGUGGAGUUUUCAUCGCUACUCUAAACAUCAUCAGCACAAACUUCAGUUAGUGGUGAUGAUUUUCUCCACUAUCUCAUUGACAGUUAUCUAUAGUUUCUCUAAAGCUUGACAUAUAGCAAAUUAUAGAAUGUAAUACCAUUGGCAUACACAGUACAUUAAUACUUCUAUACUAUCCCAUGGAUACGUAGCUCGUUUAUCAAGCAGAGGAUAUGGUUUACAAUUGAUUAAUCACUGGGUAAUGACUAUUGUCAUUUUUGUCUAGAUCUUUAGGGCUGAUCAAGCUCUAUCGGCCAAGCUGCAGUCCCACAGGGAGCACCAGUUCUCUUAUGGUCACAUAUAUACCAUGCUGGCGAGUGCCAACUAACUCGAAUCAUGCCCGAUAAUUCCUGCUGGCUAUUGUUGUUAAUUUCACUGACUUUUUCGAGUUGGAACCACGAGUCGAUCUAUUUUUCUAAUUGAUAGUCUAGCUUGGAUUGAUUCGUGAUUUCAACUGUGAAAAUACUACAUAUUUCGCAAGUCCCCGUACUAAUAAUUUGAUUGAAAUCACGAACCGGUCAAAGUUCAACAAUUAAAUUUAAAGCACUGAACGGGCAUUUCGUCAUAGUAUGGAACUUCUCAACAACAGACGAAACAUAUCGAUGUAUGUCUGCUGCAAUAAUUGUUAUCAAUGAAAGUUUAUAGAUAUUGUUUUAGUUUCACGAUAAUAUACAUAAAUUGAUUUUGAAUAGGUAAUCACUGUAAAUUACGAAGUCUACAUAGUGAUGUUCAUUCAUAACCCUAUUAAGGGAAUUAACAAAAAGCUAUGAAAUUUCGUUGUGAGUGUCUUAGUGUACAUUAAGCUGCCACAUUCAAUGGUUCCAAUUUUCAACUUCAAUCUAUUCAUAGUAACAGUACAUCAUAUAUUUACAUUUCAAUGAUUGUGAUAUUUCAAAACUGAAUUGCCCAGUGAAAUGUUCGAUUUGUUUUUCAAGUUCAAAUCUGUGAAAUUGUUUUUUUGGUCAUUCAUUUAAAUCACUACCUGACUAUUGUGAAAUUUUUAUUUGUUCAAAUAUAAAACGAAAGUUUUUAGAAUA